UCCGACAGGCAUGACGGUGAAGAGAAACUAGGUCACCGAUUGAAAAUCGUUUAUGUCACAGUUCUGUGUGUUGCUAUUACAUGUAACCACCGACUUUCAAUGGAUAGUCGGCUGUCGUUGGAUGUCUUAGGCAGACGGUUUCCUAACCAGUUGAGGGCUCGAGUGUGGAUGGAAGGAGAUGAUUUUAACACGGACACUGUGAUGAACAUCUGUGAUGACCUAAUGGCAGACCAACGGAUGGACAUCUCGUCUACUAUGACUGACUUCAUGUCCCCCGGCUCCACUGACCUCAUCUCCAGCUCCAUCAGCACACCCGGCAUGGACUACACCCGGAAGAGGAAGGGGAGCACCACCGACUACCAAAUUGAUGGCUUCUCAUUUGAUGACAUGGACCCGGAUAAGGAAAAGUCGGGAAGCGACCAACAGGGCAGGCUUAAAAAUGCCAGGGAGGCCCACAGCCAGAUCGAGAAGCGCCGCAGAGACAAGAUGAACAGCUUCAUCGACGAGCUGGCCUCGCUGGUCCCCACCUGCAACGCCAUGUCCCGCAAGCUGGACAAGCUCACCGUCCUGCGCAUGGCCGUCCAGCACAUGAAGACGCUCAGAGGUGCAGCCAACCCGUACACAGAAGCCAACUACAAGCCUUCCUUCCUCUCAGAUGAUGAACUGAAGCAUUUGAUACUAAGGGCUGCUGAUGGUUUCCUUUUCGUAGUUGGCUGCGAUCGUGGCAAAAUCCUAUUCGUUUCUGAAUCCGUCUACAAGAUUCUCAACUACACCCAGAACGACCUCAUAGGUCAGAGCCUGUUCGACUACCUUCACCCCAAGGAUAUCGCCAAAGUCAAAGAGCAGCUGUCGUCCUCGGACACGGCCCCCCGGGAGCGCCUCAUUGACGCGAAAACCGGUCUUCCCGUGAAGACGGACAUCACCCCCGGUCCCUCCCGGCUCUGCUCCGGGGCCAGGCGCUCCUUCUUCUGCCGGAUGAAGUGCAACAGGCCCUCUGUCAAAGUGGAGGACAAAGACUUCCCCUCUACCUGCUCCAAGAAAAAAGCCGACCGCAAGAGCUUCUGCACCAUCCACAGCACCGGCUACCUGAAGAGCUGGCCGCCCACCAAGAUGGGCCUGGACGAGGACAACGAGCCCGACAACGAGGGCUGCAACCUGAGCUGCCUGGUGGCCAUCGGCCGCCUGCACCCCCACAUCCUCCCCCAGCCCAGCCCCGCCGACAUCCGGGUCAAGCCCACCGAGUACGUCUCCCGCCACGCCAUCGACGGCAAGUUCGUCUUCGUGGACCAGAGAGCCACGGCUAUCCUCGCCUACCUGCCCCAGGAGCUGCUGGGAACCUCCUUCUACGAGUAUUUCCACCAGGACGACAUCAGCCACCUGGCGGAGUGCCACCGACAGGUGCUGCAGAUGCGAGAGAAGAUCAACACCAACUGUUACAAGUUCAAGAUCAAAGACGGCUCCUUCAUCACGCUGAGGAGCCGGUGGUUCAGCUUCAUGAACCCCUGGACCAAGGAGGUGGAGUACAUCGUCUCCACCAACACCGUCGUCUCGUGUCCUGUCAUGGAGGGGUCAGACUACCCCCAGUCCGCCGCCUCCCCACAGAGCAUGGACAGCGUCCUGACCUCUGAAGGCGGCGGGAGGCGGGUGCUGCAGACCGUUCCCGGCAUUCCCGGGGGCACGCGGGCCGGAGCCGGGAAGAUCGGGCGCAUGAUAGCCGAGGAGGUGAUGGAGAUCCAGAGGAUCCGAGGCUCGUCCCCGUCCAGCUGUGGCUCCAGCCCGCUCAACAUCACCAGCACGCCCCCGCCCGACACCGGCUCCCCGGGGGGAAAGAAGGUAGCCACACAGUGA